AUGCUUUGGUCUAAGGUUGACAACACAGAACCAGCCAACCCAAUCACAUUUACCUCAGCCAAGACCCCUUUACUGCCCCCAGUGAGUACCACUCUACCGCAGAUAGUGAAGAAUGUUGCUCCUGAGUUCUAUGUUGGAUCAUCCUUCUUCGUAAACCCAUUGCUUGCCAGUGGACAUCUCCAGACUGCAUAUACUGCACUUCGCCAGUUUGAUGACAUCGAUUUGGUCCACUACGGUAGAAGGUUGAUUGAAGUUGACCCAGAAAAUAGAGGUUACAAAGUCGAAGGAGAAAGGAUAUUGUACGAUAAAUAUGGUGGGAAGAGUACCUUUACUAUCGAUAUUGUCAGAGAUGUCACCGCCAACGUUAACCCGGAAUCUUCUUCCUUAACUGUUGCUUCCGUAUUAGGCUCAGACGAUGCCGAGAGCGACUACAAAACGGCUGCGAAAAACUCCGAAAGACACUACGCUGCCCCAACUCUGCAGGAUACCACUAAAUUACCACCCAGAACGUUCUUUAUAACCGAACAAGAGGAAAAGGAAUUACUUAGCGAUUCUUCGAAGCCGCUUUUAAUUGCUCUCCAUGGUCUUUCUGGAGGUUCCUACGAAUCCUAUGUGCGUAGUAUAUUACUGGAAAUCACCGACUCGAAAUACGGAUUUGAUGCACUCGUUCUUAACUCAAGAGGUUGUGCUGGUCAUACUCCCACCACACCUCAAUUAUUUAAUGCAUUGUGGACGAAUGACGUUCGGUAUUUGGUAAAUGAGAUCAUUGCUAAGAAAUACCCGGAAAAGAAAAUCUUUCUUAUUGGAUUUUCUCUUGGAGGAGCAAUUGUAGGAAACUUUUUGGCUCAAGAAGGCGAUAACAUCUACAAAAACAUCAUGGGUGCAUCUAUCGUAGGAGCACCAUGGGAUUUUAUGGAUUCUAACGUUCAGCUUGACAAUUCCAUCUUGGGUAACAAGGUGUACUCUCCAGCCAUGUCCCAAAACCUUCAAAAGCUUUUACAUGCUCAUAAAGAGUCAAUUGGGAGCGAGCCAAAUAUUAAUCAGUACUACAAGAAUCCUGAUGGUUACAACUUAGAAAAGUUGCAUGAUUUUGAUGAAGCUUUCACAUCCAAAUUCUUUGGGUUCAACAACCAUAGAGAAUACUAUCGUCACAGUUCGCCAAUUCAAAGGUUAAGAAAGAUCAGAGUUCCUACGUUAAUUGUUAGUGCAAUCGAUGAUCCAGUAAUUGGUAACAAAACCCUUCCAUACUAUGAAGUGAGAGACAAUCCUUACACAUUUUUGGUUACUAGCACAAUCGGGGGCCAUCUAGGUUGGUUCAAAUUCGGAGGUGAGAGAUGGUACCCUAAGCCAAUUUCAAAGAUUUUCCAUGAUAUUUUCAACAAUUGGAAAGUUAACAAGCCUCAACCAGAUACAUUACCAGUUGCACUUGAAAGCAAAAUUUGGAAGUAUGAUAGAUUAAUUGUUGGCCAAGACAAGCCAUAG